AUGAGUAAUAGUGUAGUGAGUACAGGCAGUGGUACAAGUACAAAUAGUUAUACGAGUAGUACGAGAAGUAGUGCAAGUAUGAGUAGUAGUACGAGUACGGAUAUUAGUAUAACUAUGAGUAGUGGUAGGAUUAGGAGUUGUAGUACAAGUACUAGUGCGAGUGUGAGUAAUAAUGCAAGUAUGAGUAGUAUUACGAGUAGUGGUGUGGGUGCGAUUAGUAUUAUGAUUCCUGCAAGAGGGACUACAAGUAGUAAGAAUAGUAGUACGAGUGAUAUUAAGAGUAGUAUGGGUAAUAGUACAAGUAGCACGAGUAGUAAUGCAAAUACAAAUAGUAGUGCGAGUACGAGUAGCAGCGGGAGUACGAGUAGUACUGGGAGUAUGAGUUGUAGUACAAGUAGUAGUGUGAGUAGCAGUAGAACAAAUCAAGGCUGUAGGACGAGUAUGAGAAGUAGCACGAGUACGAAUGGAGAGUGGAUAAGGAUAUCCACCAGCGUAGGGAACAAUGCCCCUUGUGGAGUGCCCAAUUCUAAUUCGUCAUCAACACUGUAG